CACACACGCGCAUGUACACGGACCCUGAUACCGACAUGGACAUGGAUACAGAAAACACAGCACUUUGUCCCUCCGACAGCUGCCAGGCCUCCCCAUCAGGGACACCUACACCAGAAACAGAUGCCACACUUCUGAAGAAACCAGAGAAACUGUUGGCAGGGUUGGACCAGAGUGGGCUACCCCCUGUCCCUGGGGUCCCCAGACGAAGAGGCAGUAUGCCUGUGCCCUACAAGCACCAGCUAUGUAGGGCACAGGCUGUAGAUGAACUUGACUGGCCACCUCAGGCCUCAUCUUCUGGUUCCUCUGACUCCUUGGGCUCAGGAGAGGCAGCCCCUGCCCAAAAGGAUGGCAUCUUCAAGGUCAUGCUAGUAGGGGAGAGUGGAGUAGGCAAAAGCACCCUUGCAGGCACUUUCGGUGGUCUCCAGGGAGACAGUGCUCAUGAGCCGGAGAAUGCAGAGGACACCUAUGAAAGACGAAUCAUGGUGGAUAAGGAGGAAGUAACUUUAGUUGUUUAUGACAUCUGGGAACAGGGAGAUGCUGGGGGGUGGCUGCGGGACCACUGCCUUCAGACAGGGGACGCCUUUCUCAUCGUCUUCUCAGUCACGGAUAGACGAAGCUUCUCCAAAGUUCCAGAGACCUUACUUCGGCUCCGAGCUGGGAGGCCCCAUCACGACCUACCUGUCAUCCUGGUUGGAAACAAGAGUGACCUGGCCCGCUCCCGGGAGGUAUCCCUGGAGGAGGGGCGCCACCUGGCCGGAACGCUGAGCUGCAAGCACAUCGAGACGUCGGCAGCGCUUCACCAUAACACGCGGGAGCUCUUCGAGGGCGCCGUACGCCAGAUCCGGCUGCGGAGGGGCCGCGGUCGCACUGGAGGCCAGCGGCACGAGUCUGGCAGCCCUGAAGGCCCCGCGCCGUCUGCGCGCCGCGAGAGCCUCACCAAGAAGGCCAAGCGUUUCCUGGCCAACCUAGUGCCGCGCAACGCUAAGUUCUUCAAGCAGCGGUCCAGGUCAUGUCACGACCUUUCUGUGCUCUGAGCCAAGGUCUCCACAGCCGCUGCGGUCGCCAUGGCCACGGCGCCCUCCGCUCGCCCCGCCCCCGUCCGGCUUCCUAUGUGGAAGCCGUCUAGGAAACCAAAAAUUCCCAGGAUUCCCUGGUGUGACCACGGGGGAAGGGCCGAUGGGCGUCAUCUCCACCCAGCUGGGGUACCGUGCGUUCGCGGGGCAGCUCGCCUUCUAGCGCCGGACGCAGACCUCGAGCCGCAGGACUCUCCCGCAACGGCCGCGGGCGGGGCUUGUUUGGGAGGGUCAAGAAAGAAAACAGUCCUGCAAGGUAUUUUGCUUUUAUUAAGUCGCGCGUGGCCACCUCUUCUGUAGAGAUUCUAGACAAGAGAACUGGAAAAGUGUUUUGUAGACUCCUAGACGGAGUUGACCUCCUUUGUAUGCUGAACAUGCUUCACCUUUAAGAGUCUUAAAGACUGGAAGAGGCCCUUUUCUAGAGACUUCCGAAAAAAAUGUUCUGGCUUUUAUCUGCUAUACUGGUGCACAUUGCCCUUAAGAAGUUCUUAAAGGCAAGGGCCUGGAAGUGCUAUUCUCGAUAGUUGAUUGGGUGAUUUACCAUUGCCACCGAGGCACUUCACCUUUAAGAUUCUUAAAGGUAAAGUGAGGACAGAUUUUCUUCUGCCUUCAGAUCCCAGAAUGAAGAGGAGGCACUAGAAAAAGGCCACCCUUUCCCUUUUCAAUAAAGGAAUUUUGUAUUGCAUCCGUUUACCUUGCUUUCUGUUCUUGGAGCCUCCAGGGAAGGGAUGAAUGUGGAUGGAAACUGCUGUCACGGACAAAAAUCAAGGAAGUGCAGCCCGUAAUUCCAGCCCCCAGGAG